AUGACGAGCGAUUUUGAUAUAUCCACUCAAUUUGAGGGUAUUAAGGAAUUUAUAGCCAGUGAAAUGGCAAAGUGGAAAGUAGAUUUAGAAGCGUCGAUAAGCAAUAUGGUGUCAACACUUCUUCAACCAAUUAAGGACGAUAUUACAAGUUUGAGGGAAUCUGUGUCUUUUAUCAAUUCGAAGUAUGAUGAGUUUAAUAAUAAAGUCAUUGGAUUAGAAAAAGAAUUAAAGUCCUUAUCCUCACUGUCUAUUGAACUGAGUACUUUAAAGAAGAAAAUUGAUACUUUGGAAACUGAAAAUAAUAGCCGAGAGCAAUGGUCACGUAGAUCAAAUAUUGAAGUUUAUGGUAUACCUGAGAGGAAGAAUGAAAACCUAAUGGAGAUUUUAAAAACAAUCUCAGAUCGUACUGGUUAUCAAUUAAAUCCUUCUACAGAUAUUGAUUUUGUUACCAGAGUUGCUCAUAGUAAAAGCGAAAAUCGGCUUAUUAAACCUAUAGUUAUUAAGUUCCUGUCACGUUGGAAGAAGGAUGACUUCUUGGCUUUAGCUAAAAGAAUAAAACUCCAAUGUAGUGAUAUUGGUUUUGCUGGUAAUAGCUCUAAUGUGUACUUUAAAGAACACCUGACACGUUCUAACAAAGCUCUUCUGCAGGAAGCUAAAAAGUUGGCCAAAGAGAAAAAUUUUUCCUAUGUUUGGAUAAAGAAUUGUACUAUUAUGGUCCGACGUACAGAUACCAGUCCAGUAUUACAUAUAUUAAGCAACAGCGAUUUGAAAAAAAUUGUGUGA